AUGCGUCUGCGGGCGGUGCGCCUCUACGGGCUCCUGGCGGCGCUGUGCUGGCUCCUGGAUGUGCGCUCCUGCGGGGCUUACAGGUGCCCAAGCAUCUGCCGCUGCAGCCCGGACACUUUCCAGUGCAGCCGGGACUCUCAGCUGGCCUCCCGACGGAUAUCCUCCAGAUCCGCGACUCGACUGAGGUUCAGUCAUCUGCCCUUGAAGCAAGUCCCCACUCACGCCUUCAAGGAGCUGAUCAACAUCACGGUGAUUGAGAUUUCCCAGAGCGACCGCAUCACGCAGAUCCAGCGACAUGCCUUCCUCUCCCUCCACAGCCUGGCACAAAUUUUCGUGCAGAACAUCAACAGUCUGAGGUCUAUUGAGAAAGGGGCCUUCACUGACCUGCCCAAACUGGAAUACUUGAGCAUCUCCAACACAGGGAUGACAAACUUCCCAGAUUUUACAACCAUCUCGUCCUUGGUGCCUAAUAUUAUUCUAGAAAUGGCAGACAACAUGAGGAUCGACUUCAUUCCUGCCAACUCCUUCCAGGGUUUCACAGACGAGUAUCUUGACAUGAACCUGGUUAGAAACGGCUUCAAGGAAAUUAAUUCUCAUGCGUUCAAUGGAACCAAGCUCAACACAUUGAUUUUGAGGGACAACAGGUAUCUCAGGUCCAUUCAAGAAGAUGCCUUCGAAGGAGCCACAGGUCCGACUUCUCUGGAUGUUUCCUCCACAGCUCUGAGUUCCCUCCCGGCUAAAGGGUUAAGGCAAGUGGGGUUCCUGAAAGCCAGCUCUACCUUUGCUAUGAAGAGCCUCCCUCCGCUGGAUAGCCUGUCUGAACUGGUGGAGGCUGAGUUCACGUAUCCCAGCCACUGCUGUGCCUUCCAAACAUGGCGUCGGAAAGAAAGGGAGAGUGCCUUGAAGAACUCUACAACGUUUUGUGAUCUAAUCGAAACAGACACAAACCCCAGCUCGGAUGGCGUGAAUCCUCCCGACGACAUCAACUUCCAGUAUCAUGACCUGGAGUUUAUUUGUCUGAACAACCCUAUCAUCAAGUGCACCCCGAAGCCAGACGCCUUCAACCCUUGCGAGGAUCUGCUGGGCUUUCCCUUCCUGCGCUGCCUCACCUGGAUAAUCUCUUUUUUUUCUGUAACCGGAAACCUGGCUGUUCUAGUUAUUCUGCUCAUCAGCCACCGAAAGCUCACCAUCUCCAGGUUUCUCAUGUGCAACCUGGCUUUUGCCGAUCUGUGCAUGGGGCUCUACCUGAUGCUCAUCGCCUGCAUGGAUCACUACUCCCGUCACGAGUACUACAACCACGCCACCGAUUGGCAGUUGGGGCCCGGGUGUGGCAUAGCGGGGUUUCUGAUAGUGUUUGCCGGUGAGUUAUCAGUGUAUACGCUGACUGUGAUUAGCAUUGAACGCUGGCACACCAUCAUCAACGCCAUGCAUGUCAACAAGAGGCUGCGGAUGCACCAUGUGACGGCUAUGAUGGGGGUAGGUUGGGGUUUCUCUCUGCUGGUUGCCCUGCUCCCUCUAGUGGGGGUCAGCAGUUACAGCAGGGUGAGCAUCUGUCUGCCCAUGGACAUCGACACGCCGGGCUCGCAGGUCUACGUGGUGGCUGUGCUCGUCCUCAAUGUUGUUGCUUUCUUCGUGGUCUGCUACUGUUACAUCUGCAUUUACCUGAGUGUUCACAACCCAGAGCAGUCGUCCAGCCGUCGCGGAGACACCAAGAUUGCCAAACGCAUGGCUGUGCUCAUUUUCACUGACUUCAUUUGUAUGGCGCCGAUCUCAUUCUUCGCCAUCUCUGCAGCCCUACGCAUGCCUCUCAUUACCGUCUCGCACUCAAAGAUCCUGCUCAUCCUUUUUUAUCCCAUCAACUCCCUCUGCAACCCUUUCUUAUACACCAUCUUCACUCGGGCUUUCAGGAAGGACAUGCGCCGGCUGCUGAGUCGCUGCUUCUGCUGCGAGGCCAGCAGCGACUUCUACAGGUCACAGACUCUGGCCUCAAACCUCACCUGUGCCGAAAAGACGUCCAAAAGAAAACCACACUCCCACAGCUUCUAUGCCUAUCACAUCAAGAUGAAGGGUUGCUUUUUAGACAAGGGAACCACAUGACCGUCAAAAUAGGAGAAUUUUGUUGUGAACUUCAAGGCAGCAUCAGCUGUCUUCAAAAUUUUGGUCAGAUUGUUAGUCAGACUCCUUGUCUUGAAAGACGUCACAUUUGGUUUGUUUAUGAC